AUGGCGGCGAUCAGAGACCAGUUUCCUUCUGGGUUAAGAAUUCUCGUUGUAGACGACGACGCUUCCUGCUUGAUCAUUCUCCAGAAAAUGCUUCUCCGUCUCAUGUAUCAAGUGACCAUUUGCUCACAAGCAGAUGUUGCUCUAACAAUGCUAAGAGAGAAGAAAGAUUCCUUCGAUUUGGUACUAAGCGAUGUGCACAUGCCUGGCAUGAACGGUUACAAACUUCUCCAACUAGUUGGCCUCGAAAUGGAUCUUCCUGUCAUUAUGAUGUCUGUUGAUGGAAGAACAGCAACAGUCAUGGCAGGGAUCAAGCAUGGAGCUUGUGACUAUCUCAUCAAACCAAUCCGUCCUGAAGAGCUCAAGAACAUUUGGCAACACGUUGUUCGCAGGAGAUGCACAAUGAACAAAGAGAUCAUUCGGAGAAAGUUAGAGGAUAGUAACAAGAACACUAGCAGCAGCAGCUUCGAGACUAUUCUCUCAAUGAGUGAAUGCUCAGAGGGAAGUUUGAAACAACGUAGGAAGAAGAAGAAGAAGAAGAAGAAGAGAAGUGUUGAUAGAGAAGAUAAUGAAGAAGAAGAUGCUGAUGAUCUUCUUGAUCCUGGUACCGAUUCAAAGAAGUCACGCAUCGUCUGGUCGAUUGAAUUGCAUCAACAAUUCGCCAAUGCCGUUAACCAACUUGGACUUGAGAAAGCUGUACCAAAGAGGAUUCUUGAGUUGAUGAAUGUUCCUGGUUUAAGCAGAGAAAACGUCGCUAGUCAUUUACAGAAGUUCCGGUUGUAUCUGAAGAGAAUAAACGAUGUAGCUAGACAUAGUAAAGACGCCAAGGCUAUGGAGAGAUAUGAAAACGUUCAAGCUCUGGUUUCUUCAGGACAGUUACAUCCACAGACGUUAGCUGCUUUGGUUGGUCGACCAGUACACAAUCAUUUGUCCGGUGGCUAUGGAGUUUGGGUGCCUGCUAAUGACAAUCUUGGUACUUCUCAAAAUGAAAACUUUUCGAUCCAUGCGUCAUCUGCUUUGAACGGUUCUGUUUCUGCCACUGCUUCAAUGGCGGUUCAUGGUUUAUCUUCCUCUGCGAAUUUGAUACAGCAGAGUGAUGGUUUCAACUACAACAACACAGACUACAGAGUCAAACAAGGGAAUGGAUCAAAUGUCAAUGAAGAAUCUUGGAAUUUCGAAAGAUCUUCAAGACUGCGAAAUAAUCAUUGA